AUGGCUGUGGGGGACGCGGACGAGGCUGAUCUCCUCAGCGUAGGCACCCACUGCGCUUUUCCCGACUGCAACCAGCUGGACUUCCUACCAUUCACAUGCAAGCAUUGUCGUGGAGUGUUCUGCCUGGAACACCGUUCCCAGGCACAGCAUGAGUGUGCACGCAGAGAUGCAGAGCCUGGAACUCUUGUCUGCCCCGUGUGCGCCCUGGCCAUUCGCCCACGGCCGGGAGAGUCUCCCGACGCGGCAUUCGAGAAGCACGCAAGCAGCGGGGCCUGCGACCCCUCCAACUACUCCAAGGUACAUCACAAACCCCGCUGCCCCGCGCCACGCUGCCGUGAGCGCCUGACCAGCGUCUCGGCGUUCACCUGCAAGGACUGCGGGACCACGGUCUGCCUGGCCCACCGGCUGCCCUCGGACCACGCCUGCACCAGCCUUGCGGCACCCGGGGGCAGCAGGGCACAGGGACGCUCCUCUGCAGGCGCAGUUGCGGCUGCUGCGGCGCAGAGCAGGGUGGCCGCUGCCUUUUCCAAUCUUUUCAGCGGCAGCACUGCGCGAGGGACGCCGGCGAAAGGCCAGGGCCGGCGCAGGCAGCAACUCCCAUCCCAGGGGGAGGCCGCCAGACCCAGCAGCAGCACGGCUGGGGUGCCGGCUUCUGCUUGGGAGCCCCAUGCGACGCCACGCUCUUCUCAAGCGGGCUCCCAGCCCCGAGCCCCGCCCUCUUCCGCGAACGAGGAAUGCCCUGCCUGCGGCGACUGCUUUGCCGACGUGGGGCAGCUCAUAGCCCACGCCGAGGUCGCGCACCGCGACAGCUGGGCCAGCGGCGCCCGGCUGCUGCGGGAAGCCUGCCCGCUGUGUGAGCUGCGCUUCCACGACCCUGUCCAGCUCGUGGAGCAUGUGGAAAGG